AUGGCUCUCGAGACAAAUGCCAUCGACUCCUCGACUGUCCCGCCGACAAGACACCGGUCCAUCCUGUCGAAACUGACGAGCCGCUUCGGAAACCGCAAUCGCAAUAUUUCAGAGUUCUACGUGCAGCCAGACGACCCGUGGAAGUCGUACCACCCCGGAGAGAUCGUCAAGGGCGCGGUGGUUUUGACCGUAGUAAAGCCCGUCAGGAUAACGCAUCUGGUCGUCUGUCUACAUGGAUACGCGAAGGUCUUCAAGAACACGGUUGGCCCUGGUGAACAUUCAGAGGAGUCAGGAUACCUGGGACCCGGGCGCGGACGCAGAGAUGGUGAAUACUUGGGCAACGGCUUCACCUCCCUGUUCGAGGACGAGGUAGUGCUGUGCGGCGAUGGGAGGCUGAAAGAGGGAAUCUAUAAGUUUAGAUUCGAGCUCUGCUUCCCUCCGUACUCGCUGCCCAGCAGUAUCAAUUUCGAGCGUGGAACUAUAUCAUAUAUGAUCACCUCUACCCUUACACGGCCGACGACCAUAACCCCUUCGAUAUCCUGCGAUAAACGGUUGAUACUCAUUGAGAGAAUCGACAUUGCUCCGCUCCCUGCCCCCAAAGCUCGUGUAAUCACUCUCGAGCCCGUAUCCGCAAGGUCAAAGUCCAAAUCAAGAAAGAAAUCUACCUCCGAACGAGGGUUCAACGGUUCUGCAGGCCCGGCAUCCCUUGAGCCAUCGUCUUCGCAAACAUCCGAGCCAAAGCCUCCAUUGAGUCCCGUACCGAGUGAACAGAGCACCUCAAGCUAUCUUAGCAAUAGCACGCAGAGCUUCCAGAUCAUCAGCGAAUCAAAUACCACCAGGGACUCCAGUACCAUAACGGCUACGACCAAACUACUUCGCGGUGGAGGCCUGCCCGGCGAUAUCCUGCCUCUGAGGAUUAUGGUCAAUCAUACCAAGCCGAUUAGAAGUCCGCAUGGAAUAAUCGUCACGCUGUAUCGCCAAGGAAGGAUUGACAUGUACCCGGCCAUCCCCAUCGGUACCCCGGCCAAGGGCAAAAGGCCGGUUUACGAAGACUAUUAUCCCAAAUCCCGAACGGGACUGGGAGGUCUCUCCUUUGGAGCGACGAGAACCUGCAGCGUGUUUCGGAAGGACAUGUCACAGAUAUUCUGCCCAUUGAUAGUGGAUCCUAACAACAUGACGGCAGAUAUAAAGACAUCCAUUCGAAUUCCGGAGGACUGCUUUCCUACUAUCACCCGCGUCCCCGGCGCAAUGAUUAGUUUCCGCUACUACGUUGAAGUCGUUAUGGAUAUACGGGGAAAACUGGCUGGCCAGGACCGCUUCCUCCCACGGUUAAAUAUCAUGAACUCAUCCUCCAAUAAUACUAAUUACUGCGCCGCGCCUCGUGGGUUUAACACGGUGGAGACAUCGAGAGGAGGGACAUCUACUACUUCCAGCUGUACGGGGAAUAUAUUGGACACCGAUCAAGUGCGAAGGGAUAAAAGCGUUAUUGUUUGUGUCUUCGAGGUUAUCGUUGGAUCGAAGGAUAGCGGCAGAGGCCAGCAGCAGCAGCAGAAGGCCUCAAGCGAUGGAAGUGUCCGGCAAGACUAUCCGACCUCGAAUACAGAUCAGCCCACCCAACCGACUACCCCUGAAACAGUACGCGAGCAACAACAGCAAGGGCAGACACCACAGAUUCGCUUUGCAGACAGGUCUCAAGGCGGCCGGAGCUUGGAUAAUGGUCAUGGUGCUGGGUCCGAGAGCCAGGAGCCAUGGCAUGCCCGACCUCCAGACCAAUACGUUAUAGACCCUCCCCUAGCUCAGCCUGAAGAGGAAGUCGAUGAGAAGACGCGACUGCGCCGGGCAGAAGCCAUGCUCCUACCCAGUGCGCCACCAGCGUCUGAUGAAGCUGGCCCGUCGAACCCUACUCUGGCUCCAGCUUCGGCACCGGCCCUCUCAGAGCACCAUGACCUUUCUUACUUCGAGACGCCCACCCCUACCUACUCUGCCUCUGUUUAUAUGCACACUCAACCUUCCGCCCCGUCACCUGAUACGAUAACCCCUUACGCGGCGCAUGAACAUUCCUCCAGUAUUCAACACGCAGGUGCCUAUCCAUACUCCUCUGAAAGCGCUGCCGAAAGCUCGACUCACCCAACCUCCCUUCCUUCAGAUGACAAACAAGAGCUGGAAAAGCAACGACUCCUCAACGAGAGAAGCGCUCCGCCAGGCUCAGAAGCACCGGAGUCAGCUGCCAGUGGGCCCAGCCAGGCCAGCGCUCCGGCCUCUGAAAACGGAGAUAUCCGCCAUCAACCCCUACCCUCUGCCCCUGUCCUUACAGAAGACGACAUCAUAGGACAGCCAAUAGCGACAGGGGAGUCCCUUCCCAGAUACCAACGAUAG